UAAAGAUUUAGUAUGACCAAUUACCAAAAAGGAAAAGUUAUAGUGUACUUUUAGUUUUGGUCCUGGUCCUCUGUUACCGUUUAAAAUAUUGAUAAAAUUUUAUUUGACAUUCAAGAUCUUUAUGUUGUUUGGAAAUGGAGAAGAAAUGAAAUAUUCCACAUCACUUCAGUUCUAUAAUGUGACAGCUGUGCCAAUAUUAUGGACAAAGUUUCAUUUGUUAAUAAGAUAAGUAUAUUGAUGAAAGCUACCUCAGAUGAUGCAAACCCUAUACAAGGUUAUCUAUAUCAGGAAGUCAACAAGAUUACAUUUGAGUCUGAUGGUUACCGAGAGAGCACUUUAGAGUUUCUUGUAGACAGACUUAACAAACAAUCUUGUCAUGUUAAAUUUAAGGUGCUGAAAUUGCUAAAGUACAUAGUAGAGAAUGGACCAGCAGAAUUCAGACUUGGGUUGAUGAAGACUUCUCAUGGCAUCAGAGAAGCUACAAAAUAUAGUGGUCCAGAAGAUCCACUGCAUGGCAAUGUACCAAAUAAAGCUGUUAGACAGAUAGCACAGGAGUUAUCACAGUUGCUAUUUGACACAGAAGUAAAACAGAGCCCAAGAAAGCAACAAGAAUGGUCAGAACAAGACAAGUCUAGAAUCACAGGUCUGGGCAAUGCUAAUGUAAGUCCUAAAGGAAGCAUGCAAGGAUUUGGAAACUCCCCAACCAAGACAAAAAGUAGUUUUAUGGACAAAUUAAGUAAAUUUGCCAGUGGAUUUCAAGACAGAACCAAAGAGCAACAAGCAGCUAUUUUGUCUUCUAUUGAGUCAUAUGGUGAUUACAAACCACCACCACUUCCUGUGGUAUAUGAUGAAAUGUCAGCACCACAGCAAGAAGAGAAAGAAAUCAAAGGUCAUGAAGUCAAACCAAUUCAGCAUAUCCAAGGAAAGGUCGGUGGUGGCUGGGAUGAAGAGGAUGAAGAAACUGGUAAUCAGACAACCACUGUUUCUAGUCAAGAUGGUGAUACAGUUUUUGAUGGAACUGAUCAUGCAGACAGUUGGUGUGAAGAAGAAAACUUAGUAGAACAAACAUUAGCUAGUAGUGAUGAUACAUUACUGACAGUAGGAGAAAUUAGAAACUUUAUAUCAUCUUGUCAGAACCUUAACUGUGAAAAAGUUAUAGAAUUGUUAAAUACACAACUCAAAUCUACUACUCAGUGUGUUGUUCUGAAAUCACUUUUAUUGAUAGAAUAUCUAGUCAAUACUGGUUUAGUUAAUUGUGAUUUCAUUUGUAAAACCUGUCAGAAUCAAUUAUUACAGCUUUCUACAGAAGAAUCGUCACUAUCCUCUACCAAAGCUAACAAGAUUUUAUUGUGUUUUGAAAAGCUGUUGAAUAUAAGGUUACUUCCCAAAGAUGAUACACAGCUAAUGUUAAUGGAAGACUAGCAUGUCAUAAUUAUAUUGAUCAGAUCACUUGUUCAUUCUAUCUGUAUUAUAAAUUAUUAAACUUAUGUUAUAUUA